CACGCCAUAUCACAGAACGAGGGGUCAUUGUAAGCUCAUCGCAGAUAAUUCUGAGUCACGUGCAUAGUAGUUCAUGACUCGCAUAUAGAGCGGCGUCCUAUCAUUCUGUGACAUAGCAGCACAACGUUGGAACGGUUUGCGGCUACUUCACUUGCUUUGUUGGUUUCUGCAGACAGUCCCGUGCUGAAUUCACUUCACCAUGUUGAAGAUUGUGGGCGUGUUCUUGGCGGUAGUGGGCGUGGUCGCCUGUCAUCUGUGCCUCAUCAGCCCCCCGCAGAGAGGUUCCAUGCUUGGUCUGAACAAAGCAGCAUCUCCUGACUGCCUCAGGUUGACACCGCCGUGUGGGGGAGUUAAGCCAGUAGAGCCGAACAUGAUGAUCAGAGAUGGAAUGAACUACACUGUAACUUUCCAGAAAAAUCUCGAUCACUAUUUAAAUACCUCUCCGGGCCAUUUUGACAUCGCCAUAGGUACCAUGGCCGUGUCUCCGAACGAGAAUGACACCAUCAUUGAUCUCGUUCGUAUCAUGGACAGAGGAGAGCCUUCCCUUCACCUCUAUACCAUCAACGUCACCAUUCCCAGGAAUGAGCAUGGUCAUAAGUUGCGUUACAUACAGGUACGUUACACUACGAUGAACCCCAGCGCUCCAGCCGUAUUCUACCAGUGCGGUGAUUUCUUCCUCUUUCAAUAAAAGCAAAGACGAUCAGCGUGACUCUCUCUCUGAUCAGGAUUUUGCCGAUCGAUUAAAAUUCCUAAUCGGAAGAGGCAGCUACGAAAAAUUGUGUUUUUUUUGUGCAUCAUGUGUCUUAUACGUAGCUGGAGACUUAUUGGAUAUUUGGAUAAACGAUAUAAACGGAGAUUUCCUAUCUCUGUAACGACAAAGCAAAUAAACGUCGGUUAAGUAUUUUCGUUUGUUUAGUUCCGUUUAAUUAUUUUCUCUUAAUUAUGGCUUCAGUUUGAAACAACGGGUAAAAGGGCAGUUGCCAUUUUUAAACCAGAAGAAGGGUAUUUCUUUUUCCUCACUUACGUAAGCGACUCAAUGUAUGUCAACAAAAUAUUUUUUGUUUGUAGAAUUAUAACAUGUUUAUCAAUAUGGACGGAAUCUGUCACUUCGUAGCGAGAUCUAUCUGUGGUUAAAAAUUGAGAAGUUUAAAAUAUCUUUUUUCAAUGGCCUCAGAAAUAAAAUUAUAAUUUCCCAACCAAUACCUCAUCUGUUUACAGUCGGGUUUCAUCAGACAUUGCAGGCAAAGAAAUAUAGGCUGGUAGGUCUAUAUUAUCAGUCUAUUACACAAGCUAUUGGAAAAACAACGUCUACGAUUCUACAGAAAUUACACAGCUGAUUAUACUUAACAACAUUAAAGACGCUCUACUUGAAAUAACACUACAUGUCUCUUUGCGAAUAAAACUGUAA